AGGCCGCCACCGCACGCCCUCCUGGUGUCGAUUCCGCGGUGGAGGUGACCUGACUCCUUGCAGCUCGUUUUGCAGGUGCAGGAAUUGUCCGCGCAGUUUUCAAUCAUGUCUGAACCAAUUAGAGUCCUUGUGACUGGAGCAGCUGGUCAAAUUGCUUAUUCACUGUUGUACAGUAUUGGAAAUGGAUCUGUCUUUGGUAAAGACCAGCCUAUCAUUCUUGUGCUGCUGGAUGUCACUCCCAUGAUGAGUGUUCUCAAUGGUGUCCUAAUGGAACUGCAAGACUGUGCCCUUCCCCUCCUGAAAGAUGUCAUUGCAACUGAUGAAGAAGAGGUUGCCUUCAAAGACCUGGAUGUUGCUGUUCUUGUGGGCUCCAUGCCAAGAAGGGAAGGCAUGGAGAGGAAAGAUUUACUGAAAGCAAAUGUGAAAAUCUUCAAAAGCCAGGGUGCAGCCUUGGAGAAAUAUGCUAAGAAGUCAGUUAAGGUCAUCGUUGUGGGAAACCCAGCAAAUACCAAUUGCCUGACUGCCGCUAAGUCAGCUCCAUCCAUCCCCAAGGAGAACUUCAGUUGCUUAACUCGUUUGGAUCAUAACCGAGCUAAAUCUCAAAUUGCUCUUAAACUUGGUGUAACUGCUGAUGAUGUAAAGAAUGUCAUUAUCUGGGGAAACCAUUCCUCAACUCAGUAUCCAGAUGUCAAUCAUGCUAAGGUGAAAUUGCAAGGAAAGGAAGUUGGUGUUUAUGAAGCUCUGAAAAAUGACAGUUGGCUCAAGGGAGAAUUUAUUACGACUGUGCAACAGCGUGGUGCUGCUGUCAUCAAGGCUCGGAAACUGUCCAGUGCAAUGUCUGCUGCAAAAGCCAUCUCUGACCACAUCAGAGACAUCUGGUUUGGAACCCCAGAGGGAGAAUUUGUGUCCAUGGGUGUUAUCUCGGAUGGCAACUCCUAUGGUAUUCCUGAUGAUCUGCUCUACUCAUUCCCUGUUGUAAUCAAGAAUAAGACCUGGAAAUUUGUUGAAGGUCUCCCUAUUAAUGAUUUCUCACGUGAGAAGAUGGAUCUUACUGCAAAGGAACUGACAGAAGAAAAAGAAACUGCUUUUGAAUUUCUUUCCUCCGCAUGACUAGACAAUCAUUUUGAUUUCAUUAAAUGCCCCAAAACUGAGGAAUCUAAAUGUCGUCUUUGACUUUAGUACCAAAUAAUAAUGAUGUUAUAGUUAUACUUAAAUUACUUGUGAAAAACACCACAUUGUAAACAUUAUGUGCUUCUUGGUACAGAUUUGUGAAGGUCUCAUCAUGCUAUUAAUGCUGCAUUCUAAAUAAAAAUAUAUAUGCAAGUGAAA